ACCACACCUCUGAGACGUCUGAGCUCACUGUGAGCAAAAUCCCGCAGUGGAAACUCUUAAGCCUCUUCGACGAAGUAAAUCAUUCUUGUGAAUGUGACGCACGAUCUCUCCAGUUUCCAUAUGUUGAGAUUCUACUUAUUCAUCAGUUUGAUGUGCUUGGCAAGAUCAGACACAGAAGAAACAUGUCCUUCAUUCACCAGGCUGAGCUUUCACAGUGCAGUGGUUGGUACGGGACUAAAUGUGAGGUUGUUGCUCUACACAAGGAGAAACCUGACCUGCGCACAAACCAUCAACUCCUCAGCUUUUGGGAACUUGAAUGUGACCAAGAAAACCACCUUCGUUGUCCAUGGAUUCAGGCCAACAGGCUCCCCUCCUGUUUGGCUGGACGACUUAGUAAAGGGUUUGCUCUCUGUUGAAGACAUGAAUGUAGUUGUUGUUGAUUGGAAUCGAGGAGCUACAACUUUAAUAUACACCCAUGCCUCUAGUAAGACCAGAAAAGUAGCCAUGGUCUUGAAGGAAUUUAUUGACCAGAUGUUGGCAGAAGGAGCUUCUCUUGAUGACAUUUACAUGAUCGGAGUAAGUCUAGGAGCCCACAUAUCUGGGUUUGUUGGAGAGAUGUACGAUGGAUGGCUGGGGAGAAUUACAGGCCUCGACCCUGCGGGCCCUUUAUUCAACGGGAAACCUCACCAAGACAGAUUAGAUCCCAGUGAUGCGCAGUUUGUUGAUGUCAUCCAUUCUGACACUGAUGCACUGGGCUACAAGGAGCCAUUAGGAAACAUAGACUUCUACCCAAAUGGAGGAUUGGAUCAACCUGGCUGCCCCAAAACAAUAUUGGGAGGAUUUCAGUAUUUUAAAUGUGACCACCAGAGGUCUGUAUACCUGUACCUGUCUUCCCUGAGAGAGAGCUGCACCAUCACUGCAUAUCCCUGUGACUCCUACCAGGAUUAUAGGAAUGGCAAGUGUGUCAGCUGCGGCGCGUCACAAAAAGAGUCCUGUCCCCUUCUGGGCUAUUAUGCUGAUAAUUGGAAAGACUAUCUAAGGGGGAAAGAUCCUCCAAUGACGAAGGCAUUCUUUGACACAGCUGAGGAGAGCCCAUUCUGCAUGUAUCAUUACUUUGUGGAUAUUAUAACAUGGAACAAGAAUAUAAGAAGAGGGGACAUUACCAUCAAAUUGAGAGACAAAGCUGGAAACACCACAGAAUCCAAAAUCAAUCAUGAACCCACCACAUUUCAGAAAUAUCACCAAGUGAGUCUACUUGCAAGAUUUAAUCAAGAUCUGGAUAAAGUGGCUGCAAUUUCCUUGAUGUUCUCUACAGGAUCUCUAACAGGCCCAAGGUACAAGCUCAGGAUUCUCCGAAUGAAGUUGAGGUCCCUUGCCCAUCCGGAGAGGCCCCAGCUGUGUCGGUAUGAUCUUGUCCUGAUGGAAAACGUUGAAACAGUCUUCCAACCUAUUCUUUGCCCAGAGUUGCAGUUGUAACUGUUGCCAGGACACAUGGGCAUCAAUAAUAGAAAGAAAGCUACAACCACAGGCUGUUUGAAAGCUUCACCUCACCUUUUCUGCAAGGCACAAAAAGUAUGAAAAAAACCAAGGCUUUUUUCAGUAGCGUCCUAUGGAUGUCACAUUGUACAACAUCAAACAACCUUGUGAUUAUAAAACGAUCCUGGGAAGGGAGGCCCUAACUAGGGCAAGUCAGAAAUAGCCAGGCUUGCGGCAGCCCAGCGCUGUGUCUGCUGCGUCCUGGGGCCUUGUUUGUUGCGACCUGUCAAUUCUGCUGCCUGCCACGCGGGUGGUUCUGCCCAUCGCGGCUGCGGGUCAAACAUCUUCAAGGGAAGGACGGACUGGAGGCCUCACUGUGGACUCAGCUCUGCAUUCUCUGUGCCACAUUCCUCCAGUUCCCACACGUAGAAGAGAACGAAACUGACGUCUACCUCAUGGGGCUGCUGUGUGGGUUUGGGAGACAAAUAUCUAUGAAGGGUUUUUUGAAAUCCCAUAGGUGCCACAUCUUUGAGAUGUUUGAUAAAUGUGAAUAUGCUUUUAUUUAUUUUCAUAGGGCUUAUCUAAUUUGCAAUAAAAGAGCCUCUCUCUGUCAACACCAGCUUCUCUCUCGGGCUGUUUGCUCAGGGAAGGCAAGAAAGCCACGUGCUGGCCCUCUGCCUUCUCUAAAGUGUUGUUGGAGCAUGGAGGAGCUGGAGGAGAUGGGGAUGGACUGACAGCUAAGAGGACGGCUGCUGGGACUAGAUAGUAAGUGGAUGAAGAAAGGACGAGGAAGCCGUGGGGCAGCCUCUCCAUAUGGGGACAGGGGAUGGAGCAUGAGGCAAGAGAAGGAAAAGCAGAGCUUAUUUCUCACCUAAGGUGGAGAAGGAUCACUUUACAGGCAACCCUCAUUUUAAGCAACCCUUAAGAAAUGUUUAUGUUUCUUUAUUACCAAUGUAAUCUAUGAUUAUUGAAGGAAAUUUAGAAAAUGCAUAGAUACAAAA